UCUUACGAAGAAAUCAGCAAUCCGCUCUUUUACUCUUUCUAUCUCUCUCUCUAUCUUCUUCCAUUUUUGCUUAGCUUCAAUCUCGGGCGGUGAACAUCGGCGUCUGUAACAGGUUAGAUUGCAAUGGCUGAUGCUCAAGAGACUGAUAAGAACAUUGAGAUAUGGAAAAUCAAGAAGCUGAUCAAGGCACUGGAAGCUGCUAGGGGAAAUGGAACCAGCAUGAUUUCUCUUAUCAUGCCUCCACGAGAUCAGAUCUCUAGAGUAACUAAGAUGCUUGGUGAUGAGUUUGGAACUGCUUCAAACAUUAAGAGUAGGGUGAAUCGUCAGUCUGUUCUUGGUGCUAUCACCUCUGCUCAACAAAGGCUAAAGCUGUACAACAAAGUUCCUCCCAAUGGUCUCGUUCUCUACACUGGAACAAUUGUUACUGAUGACGGAAAAGAGAAGAAAGUAACUAUUGACUUUGAGCCUUUCCGUCCGAUAAAUGCUUCUCUUUACCUAUGUGAUAACAAAUUCCACACUGAAGCUCUGAAUGAACUUCUUGAAUCUGAUGACAAGUUCGGCUUUAUCAUUAUGGAUGGUAAUGGAACCCUUUUCGGAACUUUAAGUGGAAACACUCGUGAAGUCCUUCACAAGUUCAGUGUUGAUCUCCCGAAGAAGCACGGAAGAGGAGGUCAGUCGGCUCUUAGGUUUGCUCGUCUUCGAAUGGAGAAGCGUCACAACUACGUGAGGAAGACAGCUGAACUUGCCACUCAAUUCUACAUCAAUCCUGCCACCAGUCAACCGAAUGUUUCAGGUCUGAUAUUGGCUGGGUCGGCUGACUUCAAGACUGAACUGAGUCAGUCCGAUAUGUUUGACCCUCGCCUCCAAGCGAAAAUUCUGAACGUUGUCGAUGUUUCUUACGGAGGUGAGAAUGGUUUCAAUCAGGCGAUUGAGCUUUCGUCGGAAAUUCUGUCGAACGUGAAGUUCAUACAGGAGAAGCGUUUGAUUGGAAAGUACUUUGAGGAGAUAAGUCAGGACACUGGGAAAUAUGUGUUUGGAAUCGACGACACUCUGAAAGCACUUGAUAUGGGUGCGGUCGAGACUCUCAUCGUGUGGGAGAAUUUGGACUACACUCGUUACGAUUUGAAAAACAGUACGACUGGGGAGUUGGUUGUUAAGCAUUUGAACAAGGAGCAAGAGGCAGAUCAGAAGAAUUUCCGCGAUCAGGAGACUGCGGCCGAACUGGAAGUGCAGGAGAAGUUGUCCUUGCUCGAGUGGUUUGCGAAUGAGUACAGGAAGUUUGGGUGCACUUUGGAGUUUGUGACGAACAAGUCCCAAGAGGGGUCUCAGUUUUGUAGAGGCUUCGGUGGGAUUGGUGGUAUACUACGUUACCAGCUUGACAUGAGAGCAUUUGAUGAUCUUUCUGAUGAUGGUGUUUACGACGAUGACUCUGAAUAGCAAUCAAUAAACUGUUACACUGAUCCGGUGCAGAAGAUGGGGCAAGUACCUGCACCGGGUGCACGAGCUGGUGCACUCUUGCCCGCUGCUGCUGCUGCUCCGGAUUUCAUACUCGACGGCCUGUCAUUGUCAGAUAUUAAGGACAGGAGUUUAUGCGGUCAUAGGGGGGAGAUUGAAGCAAUCUGAAGAAAGGUAGUAUGAUUAUGUGGGUUGGAGUCUAAAUGCAUACAUUGUUCAUUGCUGGUUUGGUUUAUCAUAUGAAAGCUGCAUUCCUAGAACUCUAUGUUUUUAAUUUUGUGUUUUCUGUUUAUUAUUAUAUGGAGUUGAUGUUAUGUUUGGAGAAUUAUAUAUUUUCUUGUGAUUUCUUAGUUGACUUAUGUUUGAUUUAAUAAGCUGCUGUUGCAGCUGGGAUGAUACCAGUUGUGCUGUGAAACUUUUUAAAUGGAAUGUUUAUUCUCUAUUUUUAUAA